CAUUUAGUUGCCCCACAAAAAUCAGCAGGCCCAAUUCAUAGCUUCUUUUCUUAUUCUCCAAGAUCUCCACUAUUCAUAUCGUCUUCCAGUUCCUUAAUUUGAAAUCAUCAUCAGCUUUGUAAAUCACUACUGAAAACUUCAAUCAGAGGGUUUUAAAUUUCGCAAUAAUGGCGUCAAAGGCAACAAUAGAUGUUCCUCAAAAGGGUGGAUUUAGCUUUGAUUUGUGUAGAAGGAAUGAUAUGCUUGUGAAUAAAGGACUUAAGUCUCCUUCUUUCCUCAAGACUGGUACUACCAUUGUUGGCUUAAUUUUUCAGGAUGGUGUCAUUCUUGGAGCUGACACGCGAGCCACUGAAGGACCCAUUGUUGCUGAUAAGAACUGUGAGAAGAUUCAUUACAUGGCCCCUAACAUAUAUUGCUGUGGAGCAGGGACAGCUGCUGAUACUGAGGCAGUAACGGACAUGGUCAGUUCCCAACUGAAGCUUCAUAGGUAUCACACUGGUCGUGAAUCCAGGGUUGUGACAGCUCUCACUCUUUUGAAGUCUCAUCUUUUCAGCUACCAGGGGCACGUCUCAGCUGCUUUGGUCCUUGGUGGGGUUGAUGUCACAGGGCCACAUCUGCAUACUAUUUAUCCACAUGGAUCAACUGAUACUCUGCCGUACGCUACAAUGGGCUCUGGUUCCCUUGCAGCUAUGGCUAUCUUUGAGUCACAAUACCGGGAAGGGUUAAGUAAAGAUGAAGGGAUAAAGCUAGUAGCAGAUGCCAUAUUGUCUGGGGUGUUCAAUGAUCUUGGUAGUGGAAGCAAUGUUGAUAUCUGUGUGAUAACAAAGGGUCACACGGAGUACCUAAGGAAUCAUAUGUCACCUAAUCCCCGGACCUAUCCACAGAAGGGUUACUCAUUCCCUAAAAAGACCGAAGUUCUUCUUACAAAGAUUAUUCCAUUGAGAGAGAUGGUACAAGUGAGUGAAGGCGGAGAUGCUAUGGAAGAAUAAGUAUAUUGCAAUGAUGAGUUCCAUUGUCAUUUCUUUGAAGGGGUGUUGCAUUGUCAAACAUUUUCCAGAGUAUCAAGUGUUUGUAAUUUUCUAAAUGACCUGCUCCAUCAACGUUAUCAGAUAUAGCUUCCAAACAGUGCUGGAGAAUGAAAUAUUGGCUUGUAGUUUGUUUUUGCU